AUGUCUUUACCAUUGAAAUUGUUCACCUGGGGAACCCCCAAUGGCCAUAAAAUCAGUAUCUUUUUGGAAGUUCUUGGCUUGAAAUACGAGACUCACCCCGUUGACAUUUCCAAAAACGAAAGCAAGGAAGAUUGGUUUGUCAAGCUCAACCCCAAUGGCCGUAUUCCAACAAUUGUCGACCCCAACUUCAAGAAUGCACCAACUGAGCAAGGCUUGGUCUUGAGUCAGACCGGUGCCAUUUUGCAAUAUCUUGCUGACACUUACGACAAGGAGCACAAGCACAGCUACCCCUUUGGAUCAGCAGAAUACUACAAGACGUUGGAGUACUUGAUUUUCCAGGUUAGUGAAAACGGCCCUAUCCAGGGCCAAGCAGGCCACUUUAAGGUCUUUGCCAAGGAGAAGAUUCAAUAUGGAAUUGACCGAUAUGUCAAUGACACCAAGAGAAUCUACGGUGUCUACGAAGACAUCUUGAGCAGAAACAAGGAGAACCAGUCAAAGUACUUGGUUGGCGACAGAUAUACUGUGGCUGACUUUGCAUUGUUCACUUGGGCUAGUUUCUUGCACAAGUUGGAUAUUGACAUUGAGCAGUGGCCAUUGUUGGCUAAAUGGCAUGCUGCUUUGGCCCAAUUGCCAGGAGUCCAAGCCGGUUUAAAAGUUCCCGCUGUUUGA